GCCAACAGUGUAUGCUAACUUCCCUUUCUUCACAUUUGCACCAGAAGCCACAAACAGAUAUCUUCGGUACAGCGUAAUUAUCGAUCGCCAUGGCACCAUCAGAUGACAAGUCGCUCAAGCAGAUUGCGAAAGAGAAGCAGACCGCAGCCCCAUCUCAACUCGGUGACCCAGUCAGCUUGAAGGCAGAGACGUCAGACAACCAACCCACAGAGCAAGACAAGCCGAACAAGGCGCCCAACAAGCAAGACAACAGGAGUCUGAAGGAGGUCGCUCAGGACAAGAUGAAGCAGAACCCUUCGCAGCUUGGCGAUCCGGUCAGCUUGAAGGCGGAGACGAGCGACACUGAGCCAACUGCGGACGAUAGAGGGACGCUGGGGACGCAGAAGACUGGCAAGCAGACUAGCAAGCCGAAGCUGUAAAGACAAGCACAGUAUUUCGUACGAUUACUUAAAUCUCUUGACUUC